AUGGCCUCGAUUACCUCAGCGAGCGCUUCCUCUGCUCUUGCCCCUGUCGUUGCCACCGGCUCGGGCUCUGAAGCCAAUCCCAAAUCGGCGACUUGGGUGUUUGGGUACGGCUCGAUCAUCUGGCGUCCCGACUUUGAGUUUGCCGAGAAGCGCACCGGGUGGGUGAACGACCACACGCGGCGGUUCUGGCAGGGCUCGCCCGACCACCGCGGGCAGCCCGGUGCUCUUGGCCGUGUGCUCACGCUCGUGCCGGAGCUGGGCUCAGAAUGCUGGGGUGUCUGCUACCGCCUGCCCAAGGAGAAGGAGGACGAUAUCAUGGCCGCGCUCGACUAUCGGGAACGUGGCGGCUACGUCCGCAUCAAUGUCCCCUUCGAGUAUGAGGUGUCGCGUGGCGUCACCGAGAAGGUCACCGCCAUCACGUACAUUGCCUCGCCCGAUAACAAGUACUACCUCGGCCCCGUGCCGAUGGAGGACAUGGUGAGGCAGAUCUACUUUGCCCGCGGUGAGAGCGGCAAGAACAUCGACUACGUUCUCAAUCUUGCCCGACACCUCGAGACUAUGGGCCUGGCCGACGACCACAUCCAUGAACUGGCGGUGCAGCUCGAAAGCCGUGCGGCCAAGGAAGCCAUUCCAGCCCAGCUGCAGAGCCCCGUCCAGACCACAACCCAGGUCAUUGCCUAG